AUGACUCGACAAAUUGAAGGAUUGGAGAAGCGUAAUUACUACAGAAACCUAUUGAGUACGUACUCUUGUUUCAUUGUUGGUGGAAGACUAAACAUCAAAUUCGAAAAUAAAGAUGUAUUACGUGAGGCUGUUCGUCAGUUAUUUGAAUCAAGAAAACAGCUUCGUCUCAACGUCUUUAAAGACGAUCAAAACAAUACACUGGUUGAGAAAGAGAUUGAAAAUGGAUGGGAUUCUAAAGAAGUUGUCGAAUUCAUGAAUACCAGUGAGGACUAUUCCAUUACCGAAAUUUUGAAUGAUCUACACGAAAAGACUUUCAAGCUUGAAGUCCAGAAACCAAUGUGGAAAAUUGUUGUUGUGAACCAAGAAUGGAUCAUGGUCCUUUGUGAUCAUACACUAUAUGAUGGUACCACUGCUGCCUUGAUUCUCGAGGACUUGCUGACUCUGUUGAACAAGGAGGGCCUCCCGGUUGACAAAGAUCUGAAUCUUUCAAAGUUUGUGGAAUUGACAACCCCAUCAUAUACCUAUACAACUUGCAAAAUCUUAGAGCAUUUCUCACCUAACUUUAUGAAACCUUUUUUCAAGAGUAUGUUCAGUUAUGGCUCGAAAUAUGAAGCAUUUGAUGGGCCAGGAUGGGUUGAAAAUGCUGGUACUAAGGAAAAAACAUUCAGAACUCUGAAACAGCUGAUUAGUAUCGAUAUGGAAGACUUUAUGAAAUUAAAGAAACUCAUUGAUCUCCAUGGUGUGAAAUUUACUGCAUUUUGGGUAUAUCUAAGUAUCAUUUCGUUAUCCAAGAUAAAAAACCAUGAUAAUAUUAAAGUGUCAGUUCCUUGUAACUUGAGAUCUCUUUUGCCUUCUAAUUUUGAGAAUCAUUAUGGACUGUUUGUUUCUGCUGUGUUUUUAAAUUUGAAACCUGUGGCCACAGAAAAUAUUGAUUGGGAUUAUGUUAAGUUCAUUAAUUCUACAAUUACAAGAAAUGAGUUGAUCAAAGGUGCAUCGCUCAUUGGGAUGCUCAAAUAUGUUGAUCCAAAGGAAGGCGUUUCAAAAGAGGCAACAUCUCCUAGGAAGACAACAUAUGAGAUAUCAAACCUUGGCCUAAGAAAAAUCCCAACUUUGGACAAUCAAGUUUAUUCAUUUGAUGAGUUUAUUUUCUCUCAACCAAAUAGUUUAACAGGUACACAGCUAACAAAUAGUGUUAUAUCAAGUUCAAAAAAGGUAAAUAUUGUUGUGGAUGGUACACCAGAAACCAAGAGUUUUUAUCAUCAGUAUGUACAGAUCUUGAAUUCUCAGUUACAAGAGAUCUUGUCAAGUAUAUGA